AUGUCUACCGAAGAUACAGCGACUCCCACGGAUUCCCGUGCGGGAACUAUGGCCCCGGAGUCGGUCGUUCCUUCAUCGCCACUCACGGCCCCGACUGAGGCUGAAGACUCGAGGUCUUCUCAUGAUAAAGACGAAAACUCCAAGGCAGACUCGACCGAUUCAGAAGACGUCGAGGGGAUGGACAGUAAGGCUAAGGCCUUAAUGCACCUUUUGAAAACUAGCUCCGUCUUCGUUGCUAUCAUGUCAGAUAAAAUGAAGAAGCAGCAGGAGGACGCACGCUUGGCGGCGAUCAAGCAGCGCGAACAAGCUGCCAUGAGUCAGAAAAAAACUUCUCCUCCCGAACCUGCUCGCCGAACCACUCGAACUAGGCCAACCCAAGAUGCGACUGGGGAGAACACAUCCACUGGAGGGAAGGGCGCCAACGAAAAAGCCACGGGACCGGGCAGGGGUCGGCCUAAGCGGGCAACCGCCGCCGCCAAUGGCAGCUCUAUUUCUAGUUACUUCAAAAAGGCCGACGUGCAAGUGACUGAAGAUAAUCCCUCAGUGCAACAAGCCCUUGAGCAGGCUGCCGAUGACUAUGAAGCAAACCCCACAGCUCUUGGUGAGCAGGAGUUAGUCGCGACACAGCAGCCAACACUUGUGAGUGGUGGCAAAAUGCGAACAUACCAGCUCGAGGGCCUCGAAUGGCUCAAGACUUUAUGGAUGAAUGGACUUUGUGGCAUCCUUGCCGAUGAGAUGGGCCUCGGGAAGACUGUUCAAGCGAUCUCGAUGAUUGCUUUCUUAAAGGAGAAACAGGUUUCCGGACCGUUUUUGAUUGCAGCACCGCUGAGCACGGUGAGCAAUUGGGUAGAUGAGUUCGCCCGAUGGACCCCGGGAAUCAAAACCGUCUUGUAUCACGGCUCAAAGGAUGAGCGAGCUGCCAUGCGCAGCAAGUUCAUGAAACUGAAAAACCAGGGAGACAUGGACUUCCCGGUGGUGUGCACAUCCUAUGAAAUCUGCAUGAAUGACCGAAAGUUUUUGGCUCAGUACCAAUGGCGUUAUAUCGUUGUUGAUGAGGGCCAUCGCCUUAAGAAUAUGAAUUGCAAGCUUAUCAAGGAGCUUUUGACCUACAACUCGGCAAAUCGGCUGUUGAUCACGGGAACACCACUCCAAAACAACAUCUCUGAGUUGUGGUCACUUUUACAUUUCCUGCUUCCUGAAGUUUUCAAUGACCUGAACUCAUUUGAGUCAUGGUUCGACUUUUCGUCUGUCCUGGACAACAAGGGCCAGGCAGACCUUGUUGAGAAGCGCAAGCGUAACUUGGUUACCAGCAUGCAUGCCAUUUUAAAGCCCUUCCUUCUUCGACGUCUAAAAACUGAUGUGGAGCACACGCUUCCCAAGAAGCGGGAAUACAUUUUGUACGCCCCUCUGACGCCUGAGCAAAAAGAUCUCUAUCGAGAGAUUAUCAAUGGUACAGGGCGCCAAUACCUUGAGGGAAAGGCUCUGGAGCGUCUGGAGAGUAAGAGCGGCAGCUCUACACGUUCGCAAAGUAUGAAGCGCAAACGGAGUGGCAGUGACGAUACAACGCCAGUUAAGAGCGCCAGGUCCAGCGGGAUGUCCACGCCGGCUCGCAAUGGAAGUACUUCUAGCCGCCGUCGCGGGCGCAGCGCUCGUCAGAGUUACAAUGAUCUAAGCGAAGGAGAAUUUGAUGAGCACCUUCGGAAACUCGAGCUGGGAAUUGAAGAAGAGGAAAAGAAGAUCGAGCCCAGCGAUACCGAGCUUGAAGAGAUGCAGCAAGCUGCGAACCUGAAGCUUGCCAAGAAAGAGAUUGGCCAAAAAAAGAUGCAGAACCCGGUCCUACAGGCUCGCCUUGCCUGCAACUCUCCUCAUAACUUCUACUGGCCCUGGAUGGACGAGUCCUCUUCGGUAGACGAAACACUCGUCUCCGCCUCUGGAAAGAUGCUUUUGUUGGACCGCUUGGUCGCGUGUUUGCUUAAGAAGGGCCAUAAGAUUUUAAUUUUCUCACAAUUUAAAACCCAGCUCGAUAUCAUUGAAGAGUGGGCAACAACACUCCGCUCCUGGGAUUGUUGCCGAAUCGACGGCGCUAUUGCACAAUCAGAGCGCCAAGCUCAGAUCAAGAAUUUCAACACCAAGAAGAGUCACAAGCUGUUCCUCCUGAGCACCCGAGCUGGUGGCCAAGGGAUCAAUCUUACCGCCGCCGACACCGUCAUUAUCUUCGAUUCUGACUGGAACCCCCAGCAGGAUCUGCAGGCGCAGGAUCGAGCCCACCGCAUUGGCCAGACCAAGCCAGUGAUCAUCUACAGAUUGGCGACGAAGGGUACCGUUGAGCAGACACUCCUUGAGAAAGCAGAUUCCAAGCGCCGCCUCGAACGUCUGGUGAUCCAGAAAGGCAAAUUCCGCUCCUUGCUCGACCCCAGUGCGAAUUCCCAGGAUAUCGACGAACUGCGCAAGGCUCUUGGCGAGAACGAAUUCGAACGGUUCGAGGCUGGCGCCGACCCAGCGUCUAUCUUGUCGAGUGAAGAUCUUGACAUCUUGACCGAUCGCUCCGAGGAGGCUUAUCUGCGUGCUGAGAAGGGCUUGGACACGAAAGGGGCUGCGUUUAUUGCAGUUGAAACGAAGCGGGAUCCGGGUGAGAGCAUCCUCUCCUGA